AUGGACACAUUGAUUCCUCUACUUGACACACCCAAACGAGCAUCUUUGCAGUCUCAAGCAGACUCACUUCGCAUCGACUUGAAAGGAUACGAACGGACCUUCGCCGCGAGAAAUGGCGGCCGCAAGCCAGACAAGGGUGAUAUAAAAGCCGACCUGGUCAUUGCAGCGAAGUACAAAGAGUAUAACCGAGUGCGCGAUGUUCUCGCGGGGAAACGCAGCAUUGAUCUAUUGAACACACCCCGCCGACAUCAGAGUACUCGAAGGCACGGACGAUCAGACAGUGCGAUUAGCCUGACACCUCAUCGGGUCCAAAAGAGCUUUUCUCCCUCUAAGUCACUAUCCCAUCCCAACGACAUCGAUCCUUAUGACCCUCCCUCAUCGAUAUCACCAAAAGUGUUACCCAAGGCCAUUGGACCAACUCCGCGAAGAGAUGGAACAGUGCUGGGCAUAUUCGAUUUGCUCCCUAAUACGGUCUCAAAGAAAAGUGUCGAAAGCACACCGGGAAGCAGAAAGAGAAAGGCCGACGCACUCUACGAUGGAGCUGGCGACAAUGACUCGCGACCCUUACCGGUGACCCAAACCCCAAGCCAGAAACCCAGGCAAUCGAGCUAUCCUGGGGGUGCAGGUCUCCAGGCCACCACGCCAUCAUCAAGGGUGUCCGCUAGCAAGCGUAUGCACUCUAAGACCCCGAUAAGCGAAGGCAAAAAGUUCAUGCUCGACCACUUCUUCGCAACCCCAAGUGCCGUCAGAUUUGCAACCAUGAUCGGUGACGAUGAUGACGCCGAUGCUCCAGUAGAGAGCAAGACUCCGCUUCGAGAUUUUGUCCUCAAGACUACUCCUGCAAAAGCUAUUGAGACGGACAAAGGACUUGUGGCUGCGACUGCGAAUGGCAACGACUCCACCCCUCCAUAUCUAAAGCGUUCGUUCUCAUUCAAAGAACGGCUUUUCGCUGCUUCUGGAGCUGGAGCCUCUGCCAGCAAGUCAAGCCCGACGUCCACUAGAACCGGCCCACGACGAAGCCUAGGAUUUGGCAAGCCUGGGCCGAAGCCCUUGAGUCAAAUGAUAGCGGAUCUGGAGCAGAGUAAACAAGAGACACAGCAGCUAAGCAACGAUGACAAUGAAGAUGACCUCGAUGCCUUGAGGGAAAUGGAAGCUAACGAAGUCAAUGUUCUUGUCAACGAUAGCCAGAAGACAGCGGAUGGAAUCCUCAUGGCGGAGAUCGCAGGAGAGGAGCCAGCGCCCAAGGUAUGGAAGAAGAAGGGCCAGAAACGGACGACAAGGAGAGUCAUUAUGAGGCCAGUAAAGAUGAAACCGGCAGCGGCACCCAAGUUUGUCGCUGAUGACGAGGAUGAGGAUGAGCACGACGCUCAGGAUAUCGACCAGAAAGAAAGCGAAGACGAAUUGGCCCUCGCCCUUGAGGAUGCUGGCGGCUCACGCGACGGCUUGGAUAUGGAGGAUCUCACAGCCGAAAACGAGGAAGCAGAUGAUGACGGGCUUCAUGACCCAGACGCAUCUGACGAGGCAGACGAAUUCGUACCCAGAAACGACCCGCCCGCCAACAGGAGAAAGGUGAUAUCGAAGUCGAAACCGGCGUCUUCGACCAAACCGAAAGCCUCGAGGAAACACCCUGCCAACCGCACUAGCGGCCAGGGCGAAGAGACGAUGACGAGAAAAACGACAACGACGCGCAAAAUCAACCCGAACGCCUACUCGCACAUGAACUUCCGGAGCCUGAAGAUCAAGAACAAAAACUCGCGGGCGAAGAGAGCUGGAGGCAGAUUCUCCAGAGGUAGAAGGUGA